AUGAAUUUUCGGAAGGAGAGGGUGCUGCUUCAGAAAGUUAAAGUGAUGACGACGAUGGGAGAGAUUCAGACGAGGAAGAGGACGGAGAUAACGCCGAAGGUGGAGAGAAGAGUGAUCGAAAUGGGUCGAUCACAGCCAACAACUUCGUCACCAAUAAUGCUGAUGAUCGUCGCUGACGUCCGAAUAGAUAUGAGCGGAGGUCUUAAUAAGCGCAAAUCUGGUGGUGGAUUGUCGUUGUAUGAUGACGACGACGAUGAAGAGACGCCGCCAUCGAAGAAAGCUGCUGGCGAUAGUGGCAACACUGACAGCAACACCGAGUCUGUGAUUUCAACCAAGGAGAAUGCUGCUAAUCACAGCAAUGGAAGCACAAAGAAAGAAGAGGCACCUGUGGAAACAAAAGGUACAAAUGAUGUGAGUCCACUGGAGCGACUUGCUGUGCUUGGUUGUCGACGAGGCCAGAGAGAUGACAUGCAAGAUGCUCAUCUCUUACUACACGAUUUUGAUUUAGAACUGCCCUUUGUUAAACGCUGUGCUCUGUAUGCGAUUUUCGAUGGGCAUGCAGGGACUCGAGCAGCAAACUAUUGCGAGGAGCAUGUUCCUUCUACUUUGAAGAAAAAGUUGAGUUCGUUUUGCGACAUCAGUUCCUUGGAAAAGCAACUGAAGCGAACCUUCACCGAAACAUUCAAAAGUGUCGAUGAAGCUUUUUUGAAUGAAGCUAGGAGACAUAAGCCCACCUGGAAAGAUGGCACUACAGUCACCUGUGUCUUGUUGCUCAAUGAUGCUUUAUAUGUUGCAAAUCUUGGAGAUAGCAAGGCUAUUGUCUGCCGAAAAAAGGACGAUGGCUUCUCAUCAAUCGAGCUUACCGUAGAUCACAAUCCGACUGUGUACGAUGAGCGCAUGCGUAUUCAAAAAGCGGGUGGAACCGUCAAAGACGGCCGUGUCAAUGGCAUAAUCGAGGUUUCUCGAUCCAUUGGCGAUGGACAAUUCAAGACACUGGGUAUCACAUGUAUUCCGGAUAUGAAGAAACUGACUAUAACUCCGAAUGACAGAUUUCUAAUUCUGGCAUGCGACGGCUUAUGGAAAUCAUUCGGAAACGAGGAAGCGAUCAAAUAUGUCGAUGAACUGCUUGGAAAAGCUGUGAAGGGACUGGAAGACAAGGAGAUCUGGCAGAAAAUGGCUGAUGAUCUCGCAGCUGAGGCAGUGCGUAGACGAUGUGGAGACAAUGUGUCGGUAAUCCUUCUGCGACUACACAAAUGAUUUCUAAGUUUAUCAGUUCCUAAUUACUCUUUAGUGUUGCAUCUCCAUUUUAUUGCGUUUUCAAUUUGUUACACUCGAAAGUGCUAUGUUAGUUUGCAUGUUAUCCUCAUAAUGUUAAGUCUUGGGUGAUCAUCUUGAGUGGCGUUGUUCUGGAUAGAUGUUCAGUGUUCCAUCUUGUAAUCUUGCUUGUUGUUCGAAGAUUUUAUGCUCUAGGGAAUGUGCAGUUGCGAGAGUCAGGUGAAUAAACAUAAUAGGAAAGUU